UUACAAAUUAUAAAGAAUAUUUAUUAACUCCUGUCAAGAACUGACAUAUUCCUACAGUUUGACUUAGGUACGGUAAGACUAAUCUCUCCUGUUUUUUCAUUGCAGGUACUCAUCAAGUAUGACUAAUAUUUACUUGUACAGGGACUGAUUCACCGAGGCCAAAGUAUGGUGAAAAGUGUAAUGGUAGCCUAUGCCCUGUGGGCAGCAGGUGGACCUUUGGGCUUCCACCAUUUAUAUUUAGGAAGAGACAGCCACGCUCUGUUAUGGAUGCUAACCCUGGGAGGAUUUGGAUUUGGCUGGAUCAGAGAGUUCAUACGUAUUCCUGCAUAUGUCAGUGAGGCCAAUCAAGAUGCAGAGAAAGAAAGAAAAAGACCCCCCACCAAGGUUCCUCCAUCUGUAGGCCCUGUCAGAUUUGCUGGACAAGUGUGUGUUGGGAUCUACUUUGGCACUGUGGCUCUGAUAGGACUGAGCUCCCUCAGUUUCUUCUACUUGAUCGUUCUGCCUUUGUGUGUGGGUGCAGGGGUACAUCUGGUGUCCAGUGUUGGUCAGCAGACUUCAGAUCUCCAAAAAACUUUGACUGCUUGUCUCAUAACCUCUACUAUUUUCUAUGGCAGCACUUUAUCACCUCUGCCUAUAAGCCUGGCUGCCAGUGUCACUGCAGCGCAGCACAGCAGGUUCAAACCCCCACAGACACCCGGGAGCAAACAGAAACUAGUUCCACGGCUUUACAGGCUUGGUCUAGCCUGGCUGGCCUUCUCUGCUCCGUUGGGUUACUGUAUUUUCCAUAACACCACAGCCACCCUGUACUACCUGUCUGACUGUGUAGCAGCACUGCUGGAUAUUUUCUGGUUUCUGCCUUGGCUCAGAAGUGUGUUGGAGUACAUUCUUUUAAUGCCAUAUCGGGUCUUGUGUUUUCUUACUGGAGGGGGGUACUAUGAAGAGGCUUGGAAGAAAGUGCUGGAAAUACUGCUCAAAGAAUACACUGAGAAAGAAAAAGAGGCACUGCAGGUGUUGUCACUGGAAGUAGAGGCCUCUCUUGAGGAGAUAACUCGCAGCUACAGGGAGCUGGCCAAGACAUGGCAUCCAGACCACAACCCCAGCAAGGAGGCUGAGGCAACGUUUUUGAAGAUCCAGGAAGCUUAUGAAGUCCUCCUGCGACGGCACAGACCUCAUCGAUUCAAAUAGUUGCCCUUCAUUCCUUACUGAGUGGCCUGAAUAGUUGCCAGGGCACAGUGAGACUCCUGAUCUCAUUAUUUUUCAGUCAUUUUUUUUAUUUUCAUGGAAAUCAAGAGCACGCAUAAAGACACUGACAUUAUAACACAGCUGUCUGAUCUGGUUACUUUGCAGAGUUGGUCUCAAACAGCAGUUUGCUGCCACCUGGUGGUGCUACAGAUGACUAUCGCCAUAAACUAUUUCAUCACAAUUUUACUUUUUUGUUAUUAAACGCUAAACUACCACUGCCAAGAAGUUUUCUUUUUUUUCACAGCGUGAAUA